AUGCCGACUACUCCCCGGAAAAAGCAGAAGAUAGCGAACACGACUCCGCAAUCGCGCCGCCAGAAAUCAAUGACUACUCCGUCAAACAAACGGAUUAUCGUCAAGAAACCUUUGGAAUUCACACCUCUUGGCACGCGUGUACUUUCGCCGUCACAUUUUGCUUCACCUUAUCGCCAGGCACGAAACCUUCUUCACGUCUCCACAGUUCCUACCUCGCUACCAUGUCGAAAGAAGGAAUUCGACACCGUCUAUAGCCAUCUCAGCGCCGCGAUCAUGGAAGGGACGGGUACCUGUAUUUACAUCUCGGGAACCCCGGGAACCGGAAAAACAGCCACAGUUCGCGAGGUUGUUGCCCAGCUGAAUGGGGCAGUUCUUGCAGAGGAGAUGGAUGACUUUAUUUUUGUGGAAAUCAACGGCAUGAAAGUCACCGACCCACAUCAAUCGUACUCUCUGCUAUGGGAGGCUCUCAAGGGCGAUCGAGUAUCGCCCUCUCAUGCUCUUGACCUCUUAGAGCGGGAGUUUUCCAACCCUUCCCCUCGACGAGUAUCAUGUGUCGUCCUCAUGGACGAGCUUGAUCAGCUAGUCACGAAGAACCAAUCAGUCAUGUAUAACUUUUUCAACUGGCCAGCCCUGCGCCAUUCCCGCCUCGUUGUUCUCGCGGUCGCCAACACCAUGGACCUACCGGAACGAACCUUGAGCAAUAAAAUCUCCAGUCGCCUUGGUCUAACCCGCAUCACCUUUCCAGGCUACAAACAUACCGACCUAAUGGAGAUUAUCAACACCCGCUUAGCAAACGUUCCGGGAAACAUCGUGGAUGCCGACGCAAUCCAGUUCGCCAGCCGCAAAGUUGCAGCGGUCAGUGGAGACGCCCGGCGAGCCCUGGAUAUCUGCCGAAGAGCAGUCGAAAUUGCCGAACAGACCAGCGGAGCAGCCUUAGAUGAAGAGCCAUUUGAGGACGAUACAGAGUCCCUUCCUCCUACACCCAGUAAAACGCCCGCCCGAAGAGAGCGAGCAAACGCCAACAAGCAAGCCUUCUCCCGCAACAACAUGCUCGAAUCGUCCCCGCAAAAAGGCACACCCAAGAAACAAACCUCCGGCCGCGUCACAAUCGCCACAAUUAAACAAGCCAUCCACGAAGCAACCUCUACUCCGCUCCAACAAUCCCUCCGUUGCCUCCCCCUCUCCUCAAAACUCUUCUUAGCCGCCCUUCUCGCACGCAUCCGCCGAACAGGUAUCACGGAAUCAACCUUUGGCGAUGUCAUGGACGAGGCCAAACGUAUUGCUGAUGCCGCGGUAGCAGUUGCCGGCGCGGCUGGCGCAGGGAUCAAGGAGUUUCUUCUCUCCGGCGGCACAGGGGCACGUGUUAACGCCCUUGGCUUCGCCGCCAUGGAGCUCAUGAACUCUGGUGUUCUUGCUCUCGAGACGAGCUCUGGCUUCCGCGGGACAUUGGGCAGCGCAGCAAUCCCAAGCCGUGGUGACCGGAGUGGGAAGGUGAGGUUGAGGGUUGCGCCGGAGGAUGUGCGGUUGGCGUUCCGAGAUGAUGUCGAGGCGAAGGGGUUGGGAUUAGGAUUGGAUAACUGA